AUGGAUAAGUGUACAAGAGCAUUACUUGAAGUGCCACCCAACAAUGACGGAAAGAAACAGUUGAAAGUGGUUAUUGCCGGUGGAGAUGCAAUCGGUUUGACUUUUGCACUUAAUUUGUGUUUAUUGAUGGGUGAGAACGUUUUGAUUUAUAUUUAUGAACAACGUUGGUUUUCUGAUGCCAGUGAUGGAGGGCGAGUCAAAUGGCGUGGACCCGCUGAAGGAAAUAUUCGACGAGAUGAAGUUAUCACACUCCAAGAUCAUGUUAUUAAUCAAUUACACGACUAUAUUAAAUUAGGUUUAUUCAAAGAUAUUAAUGAACGUGUUUGGCCCUCAUCAAGAAAUAUUCCUGUUCGUGAAGUUGAAGAUCGUCUAUUUGAAUUAAUGGAACCGUUCAUGUUAAAACAACAAAUAGUUCUGAUUCCCGAGCGGAUCACUCCAGAAACACCGUGUCUUUUGACCGGCGAUUUUGACAUAUUAGUGGGUGCUGAUGGGGUUCGAUCUCAAAUUCGACAAUACUGUAAUAUUGAGUCAAGAAGCGAAGGACGAGAAUUUGCAUGCGGCAUCGCCUAUGAUAUUCCAGGCCCUGAGGAUGUUAUUCCUCUGUCCAAAGAUGAUCAACCAUUGCAUCAAGCCUUGAACUGCAUUCUGUCUAUUGCUCAAACAAGAUAUUUAGUGAAUUCGUCAACAAGUACACGUGGUUAUUUGAACAUUCGCUUAACCGAACGUGAAUAUAACGACUUAAGAGAUAGUCUUGAUUUGUUGUCAAAAAAUAAACAACAACCAUUGAAUCUUUGGUUGCCCGAUACCAGGCCGAAUGGACCGGAGUGGAAUACAGUUUAUCAGGGUUUGGAUUACUUUAAGAUUCCAAAGCAAUAUGUUAAACGAAUCGUACCAAUUGAAAUAAACGUUCGUCACACAUAUCAGGUGACAAAAGAAUUAAAUUAUUUAACAAAAAAGGAUGAUGGAACAGAAGUAGAAAGUAUAAAACUGGCAUUUUUAAUUGGUGAUGCGGCGAUCAGCGUCCAUUUUUGGCCUGGUCGAGGUUUCAAUUCCGGUAUGAAAGCUGCAAUAGCAUUAGCUCGAAAUAUUCGGCAAGUCUGCUUCAAUAAUCGAACAAAAAUUAUUCAAAUACGUACACCAUUUCGUUUGACUGACUUUACAUCGUAUGAAGGAUUUAUGGCUGAAUUAAGAGCAUGUCAACAACACGGACGAAAUUUACGAAUACUAACGAAUAAAACUGAUCCAUAUUCACAGCAAUUACCUGCAAAGGACAAAGAAUCCUAUAUAAUAUGGAAGGCAAAAUUAUUAACCAAAUUAAGAGAAGCACGUGAUCGACUGUAUUCGAAUCCAGAUUGGCCACAUUUUAAUUAUUACGCAUCUGAUGAACAACUGAAAAAUGCAGCAAAUCGAAUUGAUCCAAGUUCAUUAGCACAAGUAUCAGCGUCACAACCAUGGUCUAUCAGAGAAAAGGCUAGUGCUGAAGUUCUCGUUGAAAAUCGAUAUCCUAUUGAUCCUAGUCGAGAUUAUUUUCACUUACCAGACGUACCACUUACUCGAAGACGAGUAAGAUUUGAUCUAACUUCUUGUACAUCCACCUUCGGUCCGUCAGGACCACCUUUAAUCAAACAAAAAUUAAUUAUUCUAUGGAUUUUAAAUUUGAACGAUAAUGAAUGUCAGACACCAUUGAUCAAAGAAAUUCAACAAGCUAGAAACUAUCGAGAUCGUUCAAACGAAAUGUAUACGAUUGUAGCUGAUCAAACCAAAAUCAAUCUGUGGAUUGAUCAAAAUAGACAUCGAUUAUUUAACCAACAAGGUAUAACAUUUAAAAUUAUCACACCCUUCACUAUUCAAAAUCAAGAUACCAUUGAUUUAAUGAAUAAAAUAUUAUACAACAAAUGUGUUCCAUUAUUUAUUCUAAAAGCACCCAAUGAACGUGAUUUAAAUCAAAAUAUGUUGGCAAAAGAAUCGUAUCCAAAUUUGAUCAUAUCUGAUGUAUCAGCAGAUCUUUUUGAAUUUGCUGGUAUUGAGCAAGCACAAUGGUCAGACGGAUAUGAAUGUCGACAAAUAAAUGAACGUACGAAAUGUGAUAAAUGUUUUCUUUGUUUUGAUAAUAUUGAUCAACAUCAUUGUUAUGCACAAAGAGGAGGAGAAGGUCGUUUAGAAAAAUUUCGUUGUAAUAAUUGUACAAUUCCAUUUUAUGAUAGAAUAUCAUAUGAAGGACAUUUACGUCUAUGUUUGGCACAAAUAAAAUCGGAAAGAGAAAAAGAAGCUCAACGAGAUAAUUUUAUACGAGAUCGAACAAAAUAUCCAGUUAGUCCAGUAGUAAUCAAGGGUAUUUCAAAUUAUUUUGAAAAAACAACUGGUGAAAAACUACGAGACAUUGAUGUUGAAAAAAUUAUUCCGAUCAUUGAUGAUAUGGGUCGAUCACCCACUCAAAUUCCUAUUAAUCGAUGUGAUCUAUGUAAAGUAGCGUGUUUAGCCAUUGAACUAACAAAAUUGGGUGCAUGUGGACACUGUUUAUGUUCCGAUUGUUUUUUGAAACCAGUUAUUAAUCAAUAUUCGAAUAAACAGUUGUUUUGGUGCCCAAUUCAAAAAUGUCAAUGUGAAAUAUUACUUACCGAUUUAAAUUCAUUACAAUUGGAUCAAAAACAAAUUCAACUGUAUAAAGAACAUCAACAAGUUAAAAUUAAAAAACAAACGGUGACUACCAUUAAAUGUCCAACUUUAACUUGUAUUUGGGAAAAAUUGAGCAUGGGUGAGAGACCGGAUGAUUGUCAACAAUGUGGCAAAUGUCGAAUGGAUUUUUGCUCUUUAUGUAAUCAAUUGUAUCAUUAUAAUCGAACAGACAAAUGUACCGAUCUGACACAAAUAAUUAAACGGUGGACACUGUGGAAUAGCAGUGAACGAGAGUAUUAUUUUCGUAAAAAUUCACGUUUAAUUGCUCGACACUUGUCAUCUACUGAACAAACGCUAGACACUAAACGUAAUAUGGAUUUACAGAUAGCUUAUACUCAAUAUUUGGUGGACGAAAAUUAUAAAACUCGUAAUAAACGUUUUUGUCCAUAUUGUAAUCGAUUAGUUGAAAAAGAUCAAAAUUCGUCAACAUCAAUUGAUAAUGAAUUAAUGGUAAUAUGUGGAAAACAAGAACAUUGGAGUGGUUGUAAUAAAACAUUUAUAUGGACUCAAGCUAAACCCUAUCGACUUCAAAUUGAAAAAGAUCAAAAUAAAUUAUUUCAAGAUUUAUAUAUAAAAGAAGCGCCAUCAUCGUAUUCUUCACAAGAUUCAAAAUUAUGCGAUUGUUGUAACGAAAAUAUAUUAAAUUCUGGCGUUUAUGUUCGAUGUAUACAUUGUCGAUCAUCAGUCGUUUUUUGUCUGCUUUGCGAACGUAAAGCAACACUCGAACAUUAUAAACAAUAUCCAAAGCAUAUAUUUCAAAUUUUAUGA